AUGCAGUACGGAGCCUUGGUGCUGGGUGAAGCGGUGUCCUUCCAGCAGGGCGCAGGCAUUUCUGGCAACGGAGGCCACGCCACUGAGGUUGGCUUUGUGGGCUACACGUCCUCCAGCGUGCCCAUCGCGCCCAAAUCCGUGAUCCUACUUGCGCUGAUUUGCGUGGCAUCCAUCCACCAGGCAGAUGCGGCCAACAACACAGAUGAUUGUGUUUGCGAGCCGGAGGAGCCGGUCGCAACCGCGGAGCCGUUACCACUCUUCGCCACCAUUCCUCUGAUUUUGUUUCUGGUGUUGCUCUCGGGGCUCUUCUCAGGGCUUACUCUGGGCCUCAUGGGCUUGGAUGUCAUUGGAUUGCAGAUCGUGCAGAAGGGGGAUGACAAGGAGCUCGCGAGGUGUGCUGCCAAAAUCGCGCCCAUCCGGGAGACCGGAAACCAGCUCUUGUGUACCUUGCUGCUGGGCAACGUGGCGGUGAACUCGGCCUUGUCCAUCCUGACAGCUGACAUCGCCAGUGGGCUGGUGGGUUUCCUUGUCUCCACCGCCCUCAUCGUGGUCUUCGGCGAGAUUCUGCCGCAGGCGGCGUGCUCCCGCUAUGCCUUGCAGGUCGGAGCACGGACCGUGCCCAUCGUGAAGUUUUUGCUGAUAUUGUUCUUUGUCAUCACCAAGCCAAUGAGUAUCAUCCUCGACUGGAUGCUGGGCCGGGAAGUGGGCACCAUCCACAGCCGAACAGAGCUCAUGGAGAUGUUGAAGCUGCAGAUCUCCCUCGGAGCGGUGAAUGCCGAAGAGGGCAAGAUCGCGCAGCAGGUCGCCGAAGGAGCUCUCAGCUUCCGCGACAAGCAGGUGGGCGACAUCAUGACCCCGCUGGAGGACGCGUACUUCCUGAGUAGCCACACCAAGCUGGGCUACGACGCCAUCCGCGAGAUCUUCGAGACGGGCUACAGUCGGAUUCCCAUCUACGGCCGGGACAAGCACGACUACCGGGGUCUUUUGUAUACCAAGGCCGGGUAA